GUCCUGAUUGCUCUUUGAAUGUUCCUUCAACUGAGUCUUACUGGAUUUUGCCCAAUGUUAAGCCCUUCAGUCCUUCUGUAGGUCGUGCUUCACAUAAAGCAGUUUUACAUGGGAAGUUUAUGUGGGUGAUUGGUGGAUAUACUUUUAACUACAGUUCUUUUCAAAUGGUCCUGAAUUACAAUUUAGAAAGCAGUAUAUGGAAUGUAGGCGCUGCAUCGAGGGGACCUCUCCAGAGAUAUGGACAUUCUCUUGCUUUAUACCAGGAAAACAUCUUUAUGUAUGGAGGCAGAAUUGAAACAAAUGAUGGCAAUGUCACAGAUGAACUAUGGGUGUUUAACAUACAUAGUCAAUCAUGGAGUACAAAAACUCCCACUGUUCUUGGACAUGGUCAACAGUAUGCUGUGGAGGGACAUUCAGCACAUAUUAUGGAGUUGGAUAGUAGAGAUGUUGUCAUGAUCAUAAUAUUUGGAUAUUCUGCAGUAUAUGGUUAUACAAGCAGCAUACAGGAAUACCAUAUCUCAUCAAACACUUGGCUUGUUCCAGAAACUAAAGGAGCUAUUGUACAAGGUGGAUAUGGCCACACCAGUGUGUAUGAUGAAAUAAGAAAGUCCAUUUAUGUUCAUGGAGGCUACAAAGCAUUACCAGGCAAUAAAUAUGGUUUGGUAGAUGAUCUUUAUAAGUAUGAAGUUAACACUAAGACCUGGACUAUUUUGAAAGAAAGUGGGUUUGCCAGAUACCUUCAUUCAGCUGUUCUUAUCAAUGGAGCUAUGCUUAUUUUUGGAGGAAAUACCCAUAAUGACACUUCCUUGAGUAAUGGUGCAAAAUGUUUUUCUGCUGAUUUCCUGGCAUAUGACAUAGCUUGUGAUGAAUGGAAAACAUUACCUAAACCAAAUCUUCAUAGAGAUGUCAACAGAUUUGGACACUCUGCAGUAGUCAUUAAUGGGUCAAUGUAUAUAUUUGGUGGAUUUUCUAGUGUACUCCUUAAUGAUAUCCUUGUAUACAAACCUCCAAAUUGUAAAGCUUUCAGAGAUGAAGAACUCUGUAAAAAUGCCGGUCCAGGGAUAAAGUGUGUUUGGAAUAAAAAUCACUGUGAAUCUUGGGAAUCUGGGAAUACUAAUAAUAUUCUGAGAGCAAAGUGCCCUCCUAAAACAGCUGCUUCUGAUGACAGAUGUUAUAGAUAUGCAGAUUGUGCUAGCUGUACUGCCAAUACAAAUGGGUGCCAGUGGUGUGAUGAUAAGAAGUGCAUUUCAGCACUUAGUAAUUGCAGCAUGUCUGUCAGAAAUUAUACUAAAUGUCAUGUAAGAAAUGAGCAGAUUUGUAACAAACUCACAAGCUGCAAAAGCUGUUCACUAAACUUGAAUUGCCAGUGGGAUCAGCGACAACAAGAGUGUCAGGCUUUGCCAGCUCAUCUUUGUGGAGAAGGAUGGAAUCAUAUUGGGGAUGCUUGUCUUAGAAUCAAUUCCAGUAGAGAAAGUUAUGACAAUGCAAAACUUUAUUGCUAUAAUCUUAGUGGGAAUCUUGCCUCUUUAACAACUUCAAAAGAAGUAGAAUUCGUACUGGAUGAAAUACAGAAGUAUACACAACAGAAAGUGUCACCUUGGGUAGGAUUACGUAAGAUCAAUAUAUCCUACUGGGGAUGGGAGGACAUGUCUCCUUUUACAAAUACAACACUGCAGUGGCUUCCUGGCGAACCAAAUGAUUCUGGAUUCUGUGCAUAUUUGGAAAGGGCUGCAGUGGCAGGCUUAAAAGCAAAUCCUUGCACAUCAAUGGCAGAUGGCCUUGUCUGUGAAAAGCCUGUUGUUAGCCCAAAUCAAAAUGCAAGACCAUGCAAAAAGCCAUGUUCUCUACGGACCUCGUGCUCCAACUGUACCAGCAAUGGCAUGGAAUGUAUGUGGUGCAGCAGUACAAAGCGAUGUGUUGACUCUAAUGCUUACAUAAUCUCUUUUCCAUAUGGACAAUGUCUAGAAUGGCAGACAGCCACCUGCUCUCCUCAAAAUUGUUCUGGAUUAAGAACCUGUGGACAGUGUUUGGAACAUCCAGGAUGUGGCUGGUGCAAUGAUCCUAGUAACACAGGAAGAGGAUACUGUAUUGAAGGGUCUUCCCGGGGACCAAUGAAGCUUGUUGGAUUGCAUAGUAAUGAGGUGGUUCUUGACAUCAGUCUUUGCCCCAAAGAAAAGAACUAUGAGUGGUCUUUUAUCCAGUGUCCAGCUUGCCAAUGUAAUGGACAUAGCACUUGCAUCAAUAAUAAUGUCUGUGAACAGUGCAAGAAUCUCACCACCGGAAAACAGUGUCAGGAUUGCAUGCCCGGAUAUUAUGGAGAUCCAACCAAUGGAGGACAAUGUACAGCUUGUACAUGCAGUGGCCAUGCAAAUAUCUGUCAUCUACACACAGGGAAAUGUUUCUGUACAACUAAAGGAAUAAAAGGUGAUCAAUGUCAAUUAUGUGAUUCUGAAAAUCGCUAUGUUGGUAAUCCACUUAGGGGAACAUGUUAUUACAGCCUUCUGAUCGAUUACCAGUUCACCUUCAGCUUGUUACAAGAAGAUGAUCGCCACCAUACUGCCAUCAACUUCAUCGCAAACCCAGAGCAGUCAAACAAAAAUUUGGAUAUUUCAAUUAAUGCAUCAAACAACUUUAAUCUCAAUAUCACAUGGUCGGUUGGUUCAACAGGUGGAACAAUAUCUGGGGAAGAGACACCUAUAAUUUCUAAGACAAAUAUAAAAGAAUUUAGAGAUAGUUUUUCCUAUGAAAAAUUUAACUUUAGAAGCAAUCCUAAUAUUACAUUUUAUGUGUAUGUCAGCAACUUUUCCUGGCCUAUUAAAAUACAGAUUGCAUUUUCACAACACAAUACAAUCAUGGAUCUUGUGCAGUUUUUUGUCACCUUCUUCAGUUGUUUUUUAUCAUUAUUACUGGUGGCUGCUGUGGUGUGGAAGAUCAAACAGACUUGCUGGGCUUCUCGACGGAGAGAGCAACUGCUUCGAGAGCGACAGCAGAUGGCCAGCCGUCCCUUUGCUUCUGUUGAUGUAGCACUGGAAGUAGGUGCUGAACAAACAGACUUUCUGCGAGGGCCAUUAGAGGGUGCACCUAAACCAAUAGCCAUCGAACCCUGUGCUGGGAACAGAGCUGCUGUUCUGACUGUGUUUCUCUGUCUACCAAGAGGACCAUCAGGUGCCCCACCCCCUGGGCAGUCAGGCCUUGCUAUUGCCAGUGCCCUGAUAGAUGUUUCACAACAGAAGCCUUCCGAUAAUAAAGACAAGACUUCCGGAGUCCGGAAUAGAAAACACCUCUCCACACGUCAAGGAACUUGUGUCUGAGGAAGGAAACCAACUUUGUACUGGUUUACUCUGCAGAUGACUUCUGCUAAAGCUGUUCUGUGCCUUUGGGUUUUAUAGAGGCCAAUCUCCUAUAAUCCAGGGCUCAAGUACAGUUCUCUCUAAGUGGGCAAUGUCCCAAGUGGCCAAAGAAUGUUGAUGAGUUUUUAUAAAAGUAACAGUGUUGUUGGUCACCAGUAAUAAAGUCAGUUUUUAUGGCUAUCUUAGGCUUAUAGCUUACAUUAACUUACUAUGGAAAAAAGAUGUAUAUUGUUUCUUAAUGCAGAUGAAAAUAUGUAAUUCGUAUAAAUCAACUGUUUAUAUCCCAAGACUUUAAAGACAGACGUUUUAUAAUGCCUGAAUGAUGAGACAUGUACAGUUUUUGCCUCAUUAGUAAACUUAGGUCACCUGCAUGUGAAUAGGAAAUGAACAAAUCACGACGGCUUUAAAUGCUGUUUUGUCUCAUUGUAAAUGUGAAAGCAAGGUUUUGAUCUGAUAGGAUGCAGGUCAUGUGCUUUAACACUCCAUGUGACCACCUGGUAUCCAAAGUCAAUUUGAAAAUGCAGCCCAGACCAGUCCAUUUGGAUGGAUGUGUACAACUUCUCAGGAGGUUUAUUAGAAUUCUGAGUGUGGCGGACAUUCCUGUUGUCCACACCAACUGCCUAACUCAUUAUCAGAGCUGAUAGAGCUUGGACAGAAGCCUGUCCAGCAAUCAGUUUUCCCCUCCUUCCACAAACAGCCUCAGUACCACCUGAAGGGAGCUGCAGUAAUUCUAUAAUAUACAAGCUUCUGCCCCAAUCUGGCAAUUUUUUUUUCAAUUGCCUGGGAAUCAUCAUGCCAGUCCCAAGUGAUCUAUCUGCAUCUUUAUAAGAACCUAUCGUUCUCUUCGGGCCUUUCUCCCCUAUGUUAGAUUUUAUUUGCUUUUUACGACCUUUGGAGAAUGUAUUCUAAAGGUAACCUUCCAAGUUCUUUGUUACCACCUGUUUUGCCUAGAACACAACCAGAGAAGAGCAGGGUCUGGCAAGCACCAGCAAAAUCCCUGUUUCCAACAGUCACACUGGUGUCAUGGGAAGUCUGCAGCUAAAAAAUAAGUUCAUCGUUGGCCACAUUCAGAACAUUCUUAAUGAUGCAAAACCCUGAAUUUUGGCAGAAAGGAAAAAUAAAGUGACUGCUUUCACAUUGGAAUGUCCAAUCAUUUGUGUCCUAUAAUCAACCAACAACAGCUCACUGAAGUGCAGCCGUAUUAACAGCCCCAGUCUGGAACUGCCAUUGUUAACUUCAGGGUGAAGAACAAUGAACAAGAUAUCCAAAGCUGCUGUAUACUAUAUAGUUUUGUUUAAUAGGAAAUCCAUUUAAAUCUAAUCGAUGUUUAGUACUAUAUAUGUACUUUUCAUGUUCUUUGGAUUUCUGGAAGGUAAAAACAUCCUACAGUUAAAGCCUAGUUACUUGCAUGCCAUGGUUGUACAGUAGCAGAUUAUGACCCUAUUGCAAUAUUAAAUAUUUAUUUCAAAUGCCAUGUAUACAUAGUCAGCUGAAUUUGAUGAGGAUUGGAUGUGAUAUGUAACAGAAAUGACCACAGAAUAUGUAGCUACAUCUCAUAAAACACUAUUAGGUUG